AUGAUGAUUUCUGCAUUGCUCGCUUUGUUCCUCCUGGACGGUUCUCUCAUGGAGAUCGUGUUCCGCUGCCCGAGCUGCACCGCGGAGCGCCAAGCGGCGUGCCCAAAGCUCACCAGCUCUUGCGCAGAGAUUGUACGGGAACCGGGUUGCGGCUGCUGCCCCGUUUGUGCCCGGCAGAAGGGCGAGCAGUGCGGGGUCUACACGCCCAGAUGCGGGAGCGGGUUGAGGUGUUACCCGAGUGCGAAUACGGAUUUACAGCUGGAUCAGCUGCUCCAGGGGCUCGGGAGAUGCGACAUCAUAGUGGACCUGGAGACCACCAUGACCACCCCGGAGCUGGUACAUAUUGGGGAGGUCAACGCCACACGGCCCCCUCCUCAGAAGAAACCCACCAAGGACAACAACUACCAGCACAUCAAAGAAAUAGCAGUGAAGCAUCAUUUAAACAGGCAGAAGACCAAGAUGUUCAGCCCCCAGGAUGAUCUCAGAGUGCCUCACCCCAGACAGAGUCAAUGUCAGCAAGAACUGGACAGAGUAUUGGAAGAGAUCUCCAGGAUGACCUUCCAUGACAACAAAGGACCACUGGAGAAUCUGUAUGACCUGAAUUUCCCAAACUGUGACAUUACAGGACAGUACAACCUUAAACAGUGUCACAUGUCCACCCAUGGACAGAGGGGCGAGUGUUGGUGUGUUAACCCUCACACUGGGAUCCAGAUUCCCUCGUCCCCCAAAGUGAGGGGAGACCCCAACUGCAGUCAGUAUUUUGAUGGUCCCGAGCUGGAGCCGCCCACCAACCUGCAGAAAUAGACACAGCGUCUGUUCAUGUUUGUAAUUCUGUAUAUGUGUGUGUAUGUAUGUGUGUAUACAGUAUUUUCCAAAUAUGUAGGUCUAUAUUGUCAGUGAGGAGCUGGAAUGAGUCGCAUGCCGGCAAAGACAAGUCAAAGGCAACCUUCCCAUCUCUCAAAUCCGGAUAACUGUACCCUAAAUUUAACUUUGAAUGAUUGUUUUUCUUUCGGCCUAUUUAUAGGCGUGUUCUGUGCCAUUAAUCGUGUGACGGUAUCUGCUUGUAGAGCUUUUUCAGGGAGUCUCAUAUACAGCAUGUGCAGCUGUUCGCUAAAAAACACAUGUCCUUUAUUUGACUAUCCGGCCUUUUGUUUUUAGAGAGCCAAUGAAAAUGGUGCUUGACUGUAGAGAUAACACAUCUCAAACACAGCAUCUCGAAUUCCUGAACGAUUUUCUUUGGCAUGUUAAUGCACAUGAUAUGACCAAGCAAAUGACAUGAAGAAGAAUUGGUUCACCCCAAAAUUCUGUAAUAACCAUCCCUCGUGUCUUUUUAAAGGCUCUUUUUCAAAAUCAACGAGCACGAUUUAAGUGAACAUCAGAUUGAAUUCCAAUCUUUUUGCAGAUUAGGCUAUCAUAUGGCUUCGGAAGAUUUGGAAUUUUAUACGUCGCUUUUUGUGGAGCUUGGCAGCCAUUUGGCAGCACUAAUGUUCAUCAAAACAUCUUCUUUUGUGUUCCACAGAAUAAGAAGCGUUUGAUUCAGAAUGACAUGAGGAUGAGUAAAUGAUGCCAGAAUUGUUGAGUGAAUUAUCUGUUGAACAGUGAUCAAGGUGUCUGAUUGGAGGAUUUUGUAGCAUCUUGGCCAGAGCCAUUGAGAGAGAGAGUUGCGUCAACUCCAUUGACUCCAAUGGAACAGUUUUUUCACACCAAUGGCGGUUCAUUGAGCCUCUCAAUAGUUCCCGGAAGUUACUAGUAACGUAUGGAGCAGCAGCAAAACAGACCGGUUGUGAUGAACAUUUAACCCUUUUAAAGACGUUAGUCAUUUAAUGAAUAUAAAAGGAAAGAAAGAAAUCAUUUAAAGAGAAAAUUCUGAAAGGUCCACGGAUCACGUGACACUCGAAAAUUCUUCCCUCUCUUAACGGCUCUGAGGAGAGAUGUGGUCAUAUGUGGUCAUAUAAAGGGAUAGUUCACCCCAAACUAAAAAAUCAUAUAUUUUUUAUUUGCCCUCAAGUCAUUCAGACACUUUCUUCUGUAGAACUCGAAAGUAGAUAAUUAGAGAAAUGUUUUGUGUCCUUAGUCAUUGUUGUAAAUCUUUUAAAUCUUUUUUCUUCUGCAGGCGAUAGAGAGUCAGGCAGGUUUGGAAUGACAUGAGGAUGUGAAAAUGACGGAAGAACGUGUGAACUAUUCCUUCGCGCAUUUUGUUCAGUUUUUUUAGAGACAAAUUAACUCGACAGAUAGAUCAAGAUGGAACGAGUACUGUUUAUGCACAUUUGUUCGUUUUUGUAGAUAUGUGUAAGAGGAAAAUCCUAGACUUUUGUGUUUUUGCAUGACUGUGCGUUCAGAUAGGCGUUCAGUGCUGGUACAAGUUUUACGAAAAGGCCCCAUCUUGGCAUAUUAUCGUUUAGUUAUUACUAGACUUAACUGCGUUUUAAAGUAUUGAAGAAAAUCAACAAUUUAUGUUUUUAUAAUCAAUCAUUGCUAUUGCUUAUACUUACGCCCGUCUCCGCUACCGGCAGCUGAUGGUCCUCUGUUCUCUCUAGUAUGCAAGUUGUGUGUGCACGCUUGCGUUGAGGAUCAACAUUUACUAAUGAUGUGCUGACAGAGAGCUAGAUUAGGACACGGGCCUGACAUUGACAAAUGUGAUAUAAAGUGGGUUAAGUGCAUAUAAAUAAACACAGUUUUGUCUGCUGUGCCAGUGGGUUGCGCUCACCUUGCAUGCCAGAAGUCCUGGGACGGAGGCGACGGGGAGCGAUAUUACCCCAGUUAUUAUCCAAAUGAAUUGACCAGAAGUGGAGCUUGGAGAUUAAGAUUGGGUCUGUUUCAUUAACCGUGCCAACACACAUUUAUGAGUAAAACACAUAACAUGGUGUUUUCAUAUAUUCAAUUAAAGUUAGAAUAAAAUUCUCGAACAUGAUUUUUUGUUAGUUAUUGUUGUAAGACAUUUAAUGAAUAAGAUGCUAAAAUGGGUGUAUCUAAUGUAACGUAACAAAAGCAAUCGAGGAGAAGUAUUUUACAGUUAAACAUUAUUGUUUUUCCACUUUUUGUUGUCGUUACUCACAAAUCUUGCCAUGCGUGCUGUCCAGUGAGGGAACGUCUCAAACUGAGAGUGAGAGAUGAAACGUUUGCCUAACCAGGAUUCGUCAAAUGAUGUGCACGCACAUCUGAUGCGAAUCUGGUGGACGUUUUUUUCCAAAGCAACUUACUGUGCAAUCUUUCAAAAAAAUUAUGCGUUCACCAAAUUUUGGCCAGGAAUUAGUAAACAAGAGCUAUCUUUCUAGUCUAGGAAAGAGCGCUGGCAUUUACAUCCCAUGGUGUUUGAAGUUGGUACAUUUUUAGCGUUGAUCCUUAACAUUAAACAUAGAUUCUUAACCCUGGAUCUCCAGCUCCGCGUAUGCCCGUUAUAUCAUAUAUAAGACACAUUAACCUUCAGUAACUCAUACAGUAUUAUCUCUUUAAAAGUAGCUUUCUUUUAUUUGUCAAGUACACGCAAUUACUACCGAAUGGCUGACCACAAUGGCCUCGCAUGCGAGUUCCUCGCGGAUAGAUUCCCUGAGACACGGGCUACGGGUUUUCCGUUUCGGUUUGUUUCCAAAAUAGAUCGCUGCCUGCCCUCCGGCAGUACAGAACAUUUUACGGUAGCUCGAGUUUGGCCUAGUUUGGAAACAGUGUGAAACCAAUCCCUGUGGUUUUCGGCCAUAUUGAUCUGCCAGAGCGCUUCCAAUUGGAUGGAAGCGUUCACGUACAUGUGUGUGUCCGUGUGAACGUUUCGAUGCUGUGCCGUGCCUGGAGCCAGAGGGACGGUGGGAAGGAUUUCUUGCCAUCUGGUGCAGUGUAAAACUGUCAGAGCAGGUCUCUGUAUUUGGAGAGUCUUGAACAAAUGACAGAGGGAGUUUUUUGAGCAAAUCCAAACGUCAUGUGCCAUGCCAACGUCUCACAUCCUUUUUUCCCCUCCGUAUCCUGAGUGUCGGGAGGUGCGGCGGUAUUAAGUAACGUCUGUUACUCGAAGCGUUCUGAACACGGCAUGCUCCUUACGUCCUGUGUCAUGCACGUAAACUGAAUUUUCUGUACAACUGCAAUGGAAAAAGCCAUAAAUGCAUGCAAAAAUAGACGCUGGUUUUAAAUUCUUGUAAUAAAAUCCACAAUGAUUAAAUGUAUUACCAUUCAGA